GCCUCGACGCCAAAUGACGCCAAACACAGUGUUUCAGUGUUGCCAACUUGAAUUUUGAAAUAGGCGUAAAUCACAUUAGAAAAUGACGUAGAUUUAGUAAAUGUUAGUGGUCCUGUUUGUUUUCCAUGAGACAUGAGUACUAGAUUCAGGUGAUAACGUGUUGAUACAUUUGUUAUAUCAUGUAUAACAUAGAUAACACUCUCAAUCCCAAACGAUGCCGACCUUCGUAGCAUAUCAUCGACUACCAUCCGGGGGAGAUGCAAAUGAGGCACCGGGAAGAAGUUAUCAGGUCAGCUUCAAAUACUUCACGUAUGCAACGUGUAGUUUACCAUUGCUGGCAUUCUGUUUUUGUAUUGGAUACUCAAUCAUCUAUAACUUCGAACGAUCAACAGCUACCUCAUGUAGGGCGCGCAAUGUACUGCCUUCUAUAUCAGCAGCAAUUGGUGGUUUCUCACCUCAAAGGGAGGUUUGGCAGGUGGCUAUUUCCCUUGAUUUCGUGCCAAGAAUGGUGCUGAUAUAUGUAUAUCAACACUAUAACUACAGCAAAGCAGGAAACAAAUUAGUUUACAUUCGAAGUAUUUUGAUGCUAAUUGAAAACUUUGCCUUGAUCAUAUUGACGUAUUAUGAUUCAACACAUGAUUAUACAAUUCAUCGAAAUGCCUUUGUAACAUUCAUCAUCUCAUCACUGCUCCACAUGUUCCUACUCUUCUGUUCACAACGACGAAAUGACCGCUUUGAAAUAAAACUGAAGAAUCAUCUAGCCAUGGUGAAUUUCAUUGGAAUAUUUCUUGCAAUGUUUUUCUUCAUAGUUCAUGGCAUUCACUGCCCAGAUUAUAUUUAUAGUUUAUUCGCACUCUGUGAAUAUAUUGUGGUUUUAACGAAUAUUGCUUACCACGGAUCUAUUAUUUACGACUUUCCCAACAAGUACCUGACAUUAUCACCAGGGGAUUGCAUACGCCUUGGGGACCAGAAAAGAUACAUUACGAUGCAGCCGUAACAUUCCCACAGAGUUAUUCUCGCUAAAAUACCGAUUUUAAAGUUCUUUUUUUUGUUUGUUUUAGAAAUGUUAGAGAUUAUCUAGAUAAGCAGAAGAUGUGACUAUUUUUGAAAAUACUGCGCCGUCAUCUUGUCGGCUAUCAUCCUCGCAAUUGCAAGCGAACUUGUUGCGCCAGGUGAAGGCGCAUUUCUGCAGUGUAAAAUCCUUCGACCGAUUUCAGUUGUACCAGAAAAAUCGAACACAAAAUCGUCAAUGAGUUCUCCGUCGGAACCUAAAGCUUGAGCGCGAACACCAGCAGGUCCCUUCUCAACAGAAUCACGGUUUAACGUUGGAACGAAUCGUUGCAAUUGUUUCACUUGUAAACUAGGCAUGAAAGAAUACUGCAUUUCUUUCAUUCCAGCUGACAUGUAUUUAGCUGCUAGUUUUCGGAAUCCAGAGUAUUUUAAUGCGUCUGCCAAUUCGCCUACGUUCACAUCUGUCCAUCUAAAACACAGAUAAUAUUUAAAAAACAUCUAAAACUAACCCAAGCAUAUGUCACAAACUAAUAUCAAAGUAAAUGUUAAACUUUUCCAUUUUAAA